GACAUUUUGUUUGAUUUUGCGUGCUCAAGAUGGCUCCAGCUAAUAAGAUGGCUGCCCAGUAAAAGGAUUGAAAACCUACUGAUAGCGGACAUGUCUUACUAUAAAACAGGAAGGAGAUUAUUCCACUCCAUUUCUCUUUUAUUGAGGAGAAGGGCCAGCGGGUCACCUGGUAGUACCUCGCGUUAUUCACUGUCCUAUCAUCCUCAGGAUGGGAAGUGGGUGGGGCCUCUUAUGGCACUGGUGUUUGGUGGUGGGGGCUACCUGUACUUGAGAUCACGUGAUCAGAGGACCUCCCUACUGCCUCAGGCGACAGCAGACGAGGGAAAAGAAGAGAAAGGAGAAGUGAAAGUGUCAGUUCCUCGGACUGUUAAGAGGUACAAGGACUUUGCUUCAGUGAUGUACGAGGGAGACAUGUUCAUGACACCAAGGGACUUCCUAGAGAGCAUCACUCAGGAUGAGCCAAGAUCUCAUGGUUUUCAAGUUAUGGACGAUAGAAUAUUGUCAAAAGCUCUAAAGUCAGUUCCUUCAUUAUCAAGAGGAUCAUCUCGUACCUUCAGAGACCUUUGGAACAAUGGUGUUCUGACAUAUCCUGACUAUCUAUUUCUCAUUAAUUCUUUAAUUAAGCCGAGGAGACAGUUUGAGUUGAUAUUUAAGAUGAUUGAUGUUGAUGGGAGUGGCACCAUUGACCUGGAGGAAUUUGAGAGAAUGCAGAAGAGCAUUACCAGGAGAAGUGAGAAUAAAGCUAUCCAGAGAUCCAGUUCAGUGUCCACUAGUAGCUUGAUUGUUCACAUGUUUGGAAGAGAUGGAAGAAAGAAAUUAGCAUCUGAUGAUCUUUUCAUGUUUAUUGAUAAUUUACAAACUGAAGUGAGACAGAUGGAGUUCCAGAAAUAUUCACUAGGAGGCCCGACCAUAACUCCUGAGGAAUUUGCAAUGAUACUAUUGAGACACACGAGCUAUGACCUUCAGGAGGUGUUUGAAAGAUUGAAGAAUGACACUGCUUCUUCUCAAGGUAUUUCAUUCAGUCAGUAUGAUGAUUUCUGUCAGUUACUGAAUGCUCUUGAUGAUUUCGCUGUUGCCAUGACGAUGUACAACAUUGCUGGUAAGUCUCUCUCGGAGGAGGAGUUUGGGCGAGCAGCUCGUGUCUCCAUUGGGAAGUCACUGGAUGAGGCCGUUAUUCAUACUGUCUUUAAGAUAUUUGAUGUGGAUGGUGAUGGGAAGUUAAGUUAUAAGGAAUUCUUAUCGGUGAUGAAGAAUUGGCAAGUUAGGGGAAUGAAGAUGAAACAAACUAAACAUGAAGGAAUGUGGUCGGAAUUCAAAACAUGUGUCAAACUUGAGAUGAGAAAUCAGUGAUACUGAUUCAUUCAGUAUCAACGAUUAUAUCAAAUAUAUUAUUAAUAGUGUCGUAGUAUACAAUAGAUUUUAUUUUUCUUAGCAAUUUUAACUCAAUUUUGAUUUCUCUUUCUAA